AUGUCACUAUUAUUCCAGAUUGAGCGUCUUGAUAUCGAGUACAUUAAUCUCAGUCAACGUCAUUCCGCAUCACAUGAUCUGGCUCAGUUCGUUUGUCAGAUGCGUCAUCUCAGGGAACUUCGUCUCGGUGGUGAGGAGUACGCUUCCUCAUUUAAUGACGAGUUAUAUUCAACGUUAUCACCAUUAGCAUCGUCUGCAAAGAUUGAGCGUCUUGAUAUCAAGUACAUUGAUCUCAGUCAACGUCAGUCCGCAUCACGUGAUCUGGCUCAGUUCAUUUGUAAGAUGCCUCGUCUCAGGGAACUUCGUCUCGGUGAUAAAGACGUCGGUCCCUCGCUUCAUGACGAGUUCUAUUCAACGUUAUCAUCCUUAGCAUCGUCUGCAAAGAUUGAGCGUCUUGAUAUCAAGUACAUUGAUCUCAGUCAACGUCAGUCCGCAUCACGUGAUCUGGCUCAGUUCAUUUGUAAGAUGCCUCAUCUCAGGGAACUUCGUCUCGGUGAUGAAGACGUAGGUCCCACAUUUAAUGACGAGUUCUAUUCAACGUUAUCAUUCUUAGCAUCGUCUGCAAGGAUUGAGCGUCUUGAUAUCAAGUACAUUGAUCUCAGUCAACGUCAGUCCGCAUCACGUGAUCUGGCUCAGUUCAUUUGUAAGAUGCCUCGUCUCAGGGAACUUCGUCUCGGUGAUAAGACGUCGGUCCCUCGCUUCAUGACAAGUUCUAUUCAACGUUAUCAUCCUUAG